AUGAACUGCCUUACCGUGAUCCAAACUUCACAAGGAUUGGCCACGUAUCUCAAGAAGAAAUUUCCUGAACGGUGUCGGUAUGGUGUCGUGAUAGGAAGAGAUGCACGGAAGAACUCCGAAAAGUUUGCCCGCCUUGCAGUCAAUGCUUUUGUUGCACAAGGGAUCAAGGUCUGGUUUUGCGCUAAAGAGUGUACGACGCCGAUGAUCUCCUUUGCGACAAAGGUUAAGGGAGCAGUUGCAGGGGUCAUGAUUACGGCCAGUCAUGUGAACUCGCCGAUCGACGCCGAGAUUGCUCAAUCCAUCCAGGAGAAUCUGUAUCCUUGGCCAGGCGCUUGGGCUGACUCCAGUACGGAUAAUACAAAUAAAUUGGUGGACUGGGGUGCAUACAAAGACAUUGUCCUACCCUGGGGUGAUGCUAUUCGUCGCUAUGCACUUUCUACGGUAGAUAAGCUGAUUCCCCCGACCCCAUUUAUGUAUACUCCCUUGCACGGGACGGGUGGGAUUCCCUUACCCUACAUCAUGCAUCAGAUAGGGAUAGGCACGUGGAUGCUCAAUGUGGACGCUCAAUUCGACCCCGAUCCAACAUUUCGCACGGUGCGCUAUCCCAAUCCUGAGGAGGAUGGUACACUGGAUAUAGCGAUGUCUUGUGCGGAGAACAACGACAGGCCGCUUUUGAUUGCGAACGACCCUGAUGCGGAUCGACUUGCAGUCGCGCAGAAAAUGAGGAGGGAUUCAUGGUACACGUUCACCGGAAACCAGAUCGGCGUUCUGCUCGCUUCUCAUAUUUUCGAGGAACUCGAGUACCCUUGCAAAAAGAAAGGCUACGUGGUUCUGAGCAGCGCCGUUUCCAGUGUCAUGCUGGAGAAAAUGUGUGCGGCUCGUGGCAUCCGCUUCCAGGAAACGCUGACGGGAUUCAAGUGGAUGGGGAACAUUGCCAAACAGCUGGAGGAAGAAGGCUACGAAGUUCCGUUUGCCUACGAAGAGGCUCUCGGGUACAUGUUUCCGAAAGUCUGCUACGACAAGGACGGUAUCACGGCUGCGGCCGUCUUUCUUCUCGCAGAAGGGAAAUGGCGCUCUAUGAACAUGACUCCGUUCGACAAGCUGGAGCAAUUGUUUGGGCGAUAUGGCCAUCACGAGACGCUCAAUGGCUAUUUCCGAUCGCCUGAUCCAGCCACCACGGCUACUCUUUUCGAGAAGAUCCGCAAGGGCCCUUGGCGCAAAGGCACGAAUUUUGGAUCAUUUAAGAUCUUGAGAUGGAGGGAUAUGACGAUUGGUUACGACUCGGACACUCCCGACAACAAACCAGCGCUGCCAGUAGAUGAGGGAAACCAGAUGAUCACACUGUGGCUGGAUCGGGAUGUUAAAUUCACCCUCCGAGCGUCUGGGACCGAGCCCAAGGUUAAAUUCUAUAUCGAAUGCUGGAUAAACAACAGGGAUAAGGCCAUCGAAGUUGUCUGCGAGACGUUCACCACGAUCCAUAAGCAUUGGAUCCGGGCUUUCGCGCCGACAAUGACUCACAAACGCGAAUAUCUCACCUCUUCUUCCCAUCUGCAUGUGGUAAAGGACGAGUAA